AUGGGUCGUCGUUCGGUGAAUACUACAAAAAGUGGGAAGUUCAUGAACCCAACAGAUCAGGCGAGAAAAGAAGCAAGAAAACGUGAAUUGAAGAAGAACAAAAAACAACGCAUGGCUGUGCGCCAUGCAGUGCUUAAAUCCAAAGACCCUCUACAAUUAUUAGAAGAAACGACUCUCUAUGAUAAACAAGAGUACGAUCCCAGUGUUCAAGCUCAACUCAGUGAAAGGGUCAUUCAGGAAAAACGCCGAAAGCUGUUGGAAACAUUCGACCGUCUUGUUAUGUUAUACAGGAAAGAGGAUGCAGAAUAUGCCAACCGGCUCCAAGCAGCUCGUCAAGACUACGACAAGAGACGGCAUGAGAUGAUGCUUUAUUACGAACAAGUAAAGUUAGCUGAAAGAGUAAAAGCUAGUGAAAUUCCGCUCCCGAAAUUGCCACAAUCACAGAUGGGUCUUAUAACGUCCGACAUACCAUUGCCUCCUGGAGGUUACGCUAAAGGUAUUCUGAAGAAGUCAUUAGGAGCUCCAGGGCUCCCACCUAGUAUACUUCCUGCAGGUCGUAAACCACCUGGACCACCUCCAGGAACACCUCCUGAAUUGUCAGAUAGCGAAGAAGAAGAUAAUUCUGUUGAUAAUACGGCAAAGCAACGCAAAAUCCGGUUUGCUGAUGCAGACCCUAUGCAGGAGCAAGAAGAACUAAUUGGUGAUUCAUCUCUGCAUCUCGGCGAAAAAUUCGCUGGUGGGUUUACAACUAUUACUCCUCCACUCUCUCAAAUCCCUUUACCGCCACCCAUGGCUUUACCAUCCUUUACUGGCCUUAUUCGUCCAGGAUUUCCAGGAGCACCUCAGCCUACUCUAAGUCGUUUCACUUACCAACGCCCCACUGGGGCUAUACUAUCAGCUCCACCCAGUUUGCACCUUCGUGAUCCACUUGAUAAUGCUGAACUUGUAAGUGGUCCAGCUGUAGCGAGCAUUCCAACAAACCAACCAAAUCCAAGUGGAACUACUAUAGAAGCAAAGCCACAACUGAAAAAUUUGAUUGGUGACGCAACACGUUUUGUCCCUACAGCGCUUAAAGUACGUAGAAUUGUUCGUGAUACUAGUGGUCGUCUAGUCACUACAGGUGGAGGGACAACUGCAUAUGGAACAGGAAAACAAUCGAAUGCUGUUUAUGAUCGUGUUGCCAAAUCUGAUACUACAGGAAUCAAUUCUGGAUCAGCUACUAGCAAAGAUGAUGCAUAUGAAGAGUUUAUGCGUGAAAUGGAAGGCCUUAUAUAA